AUGGCAAUUAGCGCAAUUCUACAAGACGGUCCUAUGAAGCAGAGUAGAACUGUAUUUUUCUUGAGAGAUAUAAAAGCUAACAGUCACUUCCCAGUAAGUCAGUCCCGGAAAUCUACCUCUGCACGGCGGAAGGCAGCCCAGGUCAAUUUGUGA